AGGUUUCAGGUUGUUUCUCCAGGUGAAACAUGCCGACCGGAACCACAUUGGCGAACCCUAACCCUCCAUCUCUGCGACAAGAUCCGGCCCCGCUUUCCCGCAGCAACCGGUUGCAAGUGCUCUGUCCGAAGGUCGGUAGGCACCUCCUUCCGUAUGUGAUCGGUCGUCUCUUUUUUUUUUCACCUCCUUGUUAAACCUCGUUGUUAGCAGCCUGCAACGGAGCCUCCGGCUGCAUCCCCGUUCCCCAGUCUCGGUCCGGCAGCGUCUCCCUCUCGCAAACAUGUCAACGAUCGUGCGGCGGCCGCCCCUCCUGUUUCCGGCCACCGCAAGGCAUACCGCCACCGUCAUUUUCAUUCACGGCCUCGGAGACACGGGCCAUGGCUGGGCUGGGGCCGUCGAGAACUGGCGCAGGCGACAGCGGCUUGAUGAGGUCAAGUUCAUCCUGCCUCACGCCCCGGCGAUCCCCAUCACCUGCAACUGGGGAGUGAGAAUGCCGGGAUGGUACGACAUUCACGCGAUCGAUGGCAAUCCCGAGUCCCUCCGCCGCAAUGAGGACGAGGCCGGCAUUUUGCUGAGCCAAGCCUACUUCCACGAGUUGAUCCAGCAGGAGAUCGACGCGGGCAUCCCAUCCGACAGGAUCAUUAUCGGCGGCUUCAGCCAGGGCGGCGCCAUGAGCAUCUUCAGCGGACUGACUGCCAAGGUGAAGCUCGCGGGCAUCGUGGCGCUGUCGUCGUAUCUGCUGCUGAGCCUCAAGUUCGCCGACCUGGUGCCGAAACCCGAGGUCAACAAGGAGACGCCCAUCUUUAUGGCCCAUGGCGAUUCCGACCAGGUGGUGAACACCAAGCUGGGGAGGAUGUCCUACGACCUGCUGAAGGGCAUGGGGUACAAUGCCACCCUGAAGAUUUACGAAGACAUGGGACACUCGGCUUGCCCGGAGGAGAUGGACGAUGUCGAGGCGUUUCUGACCGAGAGAUUGCCGGCGCUGGGGAGCACGGAAGCCAAGCCGGAACUCUGACGCUUCGAAUUCUUCUGAGGAGGCUAGCGGGGGAGAACGGAUUCAUCAUGAGUUGAAUGAGGUUUUUACCCUUGGGCGAGGUGAUAUCGGCGUUAUCGGUAGAUUAGAGAUACCUUGA